GAGGUUUUGGGAACCGCGGUUCCGGGAUGGUGGGCGGCGGUGGUGGCGGCGGUGGUCGCGCCGGGCUUCUAGAGAACGCCAACCCCCUCAUCUACGAGCGCUCGGGGGAGCGGCCAGUGACGGCGGGCGAGGAAGACGAACAGGUGCCCGACAGCAUCGACGCCCGCGAGAUCUUCGAUCUUAUUCGCUCCAUUAAUGACCCGGAACAUCCACUGACACUAGAGGAAUUAAACGUAGUAGAACAAGUUCGGAUUCAGGUUAGCGACCCUGAGAGCACAGUGGCUGUAGCUUUCACGCCCACCAUUCCACACUGCAGCAUGGCCACGCUUAUAGGCCUUUCUAUCAAAGUCAAGCUCCUUCGAUCCCUUCCCCAGCGUUUCAAGAUGGAUGUGCACAUUACACCCGGGACCCACGCCUCAGAACAUGCAGUGAACAAACAGCUUGCAGAUAAGGAGCGAGUGGCAGCUGCCCUGGAGAAUACCCACCUGCUAGAGGUCGUUAAUCAGUGUCUGUCAGCCCGAUCAUGAGCCUGGUUUUUGACCACCAGCCUGCACACAGGUGUCCUGGCCUCAGCUCCACCAAGGAGGGCUUGUGACUUUGUUUUCUUGAAUCACUGACAAUGAGAAACUAACAUUUUGUAAUAAACCCUUAAUUUAUGUUCA